AGCAGCAGCGACUGCGCAAGACGAGCUCAUGCAGUGCCAGUGCCAGUGGCAAGGCCACGCCCACGCCGCACACGCGCCGCCCACACAGACAGCAUUCGAAUGCCUCCGACUCGAUGCAAAAGCAACAGCAGCAGCAGCAGCAACAGCAGCAGAAGCAACAGGAGCAAUCGCAUCGCUAUCAGCCAGCUGGACGCGCUGGCAGCAAGGAACGCACUGAGGCGGCGCGUAGGCGUGGCACACGCCGCCACAGCGGCGCCUCGACGCUGAGCGAGGCAACAGCUGGCGCCGUCCAGCGUCGCACGCGCGACACCGGCCGAGACUCGGCCGGCAGCUCCUCGACGGCGUCCAGCUGCAACGGCAGCUGCAGCUCCGACGAUGGCGACUCGACGCACUCGUCCUCCUCCUCGUCCAGCUCGUCGGGCGAGCCGAAUCUGCCCUACCCAGGCUUCCCGGAGAUUGCCAUGAAGGCGCUCACACAGUACACGCGACCGCGCAACUGGUGCCUGAUGCUCAUCACCAAUCCGUGGUUCGAGCGCAUCUCGAUUCUGGUUAUCCUGUUGAACUGCAUUACCCUGGGCAUGUACCAGCCCUGUGUGGACGAUACCUGCUUGAAGCCGCGCUGCAAAAUAUUGCAGAUCUUCGAUGACAUCAUCUUUGCCUUCUUCGCCCUGGAGAUGACCAUCAAAAUGGUGGCCAUGGGCAUGUGCGGCAAGAACACCUAUUUGGCCGACUCGUGGAAUCGACUGGACUUCUUCAUCGUGCUGGCCGGGCUGCUGGAGUACGUGAUGCAUGUGGAGAACCUGAACUUGACAGCGAUACGCACGAUCCGAGUGCUGCGGCCGCUGCGCGCCAUCAAUCGCAUACCCAGCAUGCGAAUUCUGGUGAUGCUGCUGCUGGACACGCUGCCCAUGCUGGGCAAUGUGCUGCUGCUCUGCUUCUUCGUGUUCUUCAUCUUCGGCAUUAUCGGCGUGCAGCUCUGGGAGGGCAUCUUGCGGCAGCGCUGCACUCUGGAGCGACCCGAGGGCAUGAUCUAUCCCAUAACCCUCUCGCAAUAUUACGAGUUCUCCAAGGAUCAGGACUAUAUCUGCUCCACGCCCGAGGAUUCGGGCAUGCAUCUGUGCGGCAACUUUCCGCCGUAUCGCAUCGGAUCACUGGUCUGCACUGAGGAGGCCAAGCUACUGGACCUGAAUGAGCCAACGAAUACCUCGUGCGUGAAUUGGAAUCAGUAUUAUACGACCUGCAAGCAGAGCGGCGAGAACCCCUUCCAGGGCACCAUAUCCUUCGACAACAUUGGCAUGGCCUGGGUGGCCAUAUUUCUGGUCAUCUCGCUGGAGGGCUGGACGGACAUUAUGUACUACGUGCAGGACGCGCACAGCUUUUGGGACUGGAUCUACUUUGUGCUGCUAAUUGUGAUUGGCUCGUUCUUCAUGAUCAACCUGUGCCUGGUCGUCAUUGCCACCCAGUUCUCGGAGACGAAGAAGCGCGAGAUGGAGCGCAUGCGGCAGGAGCGCGCCCGCUACACGUCCACGUCGACGCUGGCGAGCAGCACCAACAACUCGGAGCCGGCCACGUGCUAUGCCGAGAUAGUCAAAUACAUAGCCCAUCUGUGGCGACGCUUCAAGAGACGAAUGUUAAAGAAGUACAGAUUAUAUAAGUAUCAGAGGCAACAGCGGCGCGAGGGUCUGCUGCCCAAUGCGGAUAAUCUCACGUUUUCGCCGUCGCGCAUCAAGUGCCAUCACCCGAACUGCCCCAAGUACAGUAAUCGCAAGCCGUCCAGCAUGCAGGAUCAGAUGAUUACCGUUAUGGUGCCGCUCAAUUCCAACAACAACAACAACAAUAACAACAAUAGCAGCAACAACAACAGCAGCAGCAACAAUGGCAGCGGCAACGGCGGCGCUGGUGGUGCCAGCGGAGCUGCCGGUGGUGCUGGCAGCAACAGCCAGAAUCACACCACUGUGGCAUUGAUUAAUGGCAUCAACGGCAGCACCGCCAGCGUCUCGAUGGCCCAGCAGCAACAGUUGGUGGCAGGCGGUGCCGCCUCCCAGGCGCAACUCUCCUCGUCGGACAACACGGAGCAGUCGCUGGGCGAGGGCAGCGGCUCGGGCGUGGCCCGGCGCACCUCCUCGAUGAAGAAACCCACCACCCACCAUGGCCACGGCCUGCAGCUGAAGCCAGAGGCAACUGGCGGCGAGCAGAAGACGAUUCUGCUCAAGCUGCCACAGCAGGUCAUGGACUCGGACCAACUGAUCCUGCAGUUGGGAAAUUUAGGCAAGAGCCAUCCAUGCACCUCGGGCUUUCUCAGUCCGCCCACCUCGGCCAGCCGCCGUCCCUCGGUGAUGUUCAAUGAGUACGUGCUGCUGCACACACCGCCAGCGUUAAGCAACGAGCCAGCAGCAGCUGCUGCUGCCACAACAACAACAACAGCUAUAGCAACCACUGCAACAGCAGCAGCMGCGGCGGCAACAACAACAGCUGCAGCAGCAAUAACCACAGCAACAACUAGCAUUGGCAGCAACAGCGGCGGCAACAUUCACUCCAUGGAGAAGAUGACUCAGGCAGGUGACGGCAGCAUUUGGCAGGUGAAUCUACCGCAAAGCAUCGGCACCAUCGCCAAUCCGUAUGCCGAGUGCUCUGAGCUGGGUAUACACGAUGCGAUGACUUGUCAAGAGCUCUUAGCGUUCUCUGUGGCAUUUUCAGCGGCGCUGCCGACGGGUCAGAGUACGCUCGAAUCGUUCUACUCGUCGCUGGCGCGCUGCGAUCCCCACACGGUCGAGGCCCUGAACAAGGUGCAGCAGCAGAAGCGUCUGACAGCAGCAGCAACAACAGCAGCAGCAGCAGCUGCAACUGCAGCAACACCAACAGCAACAACAGCAGCAACAACAGCAACAGCAGCAGCAACAGCAGCACCGGCAACAGUUGCUGCUGCCGCUGAUAUACUCGACUCGRGUGCAGAUUUGCCGGCACCGGGCCUGAGCCUGGAGCUGGCUGCUGUCUCGGCGGCUGUGCCCAUGGAGAAUCGGCGCAAGGAGCGGCCGCAUUUGCCCCACAACAACAACAACAAUAACAACCAUAACAACAACAACAACAACAGCAAAAGCAAUCACAGCCGCAACACGGGCGGCGGUCAGCGUCACCAUGGGCGCAGCCACGCCCCCACCGGCAACUACAUGGAGGACUAUGCCUGCUGCUACGAUCUGUACCAGAACGCCCUGUCGCCCCUCGACGAGCGCCAGCAUCCCCGCUCCCCAGCCCUGCGCCUGCUCAUCGCCAUCUACCGCUGCCUGAUGCGGGUCUGCAGCUGGAUCCGGCGCUACAUCAAGCGGCUGGUCGAGCACAAGUACUUCCAGCAGGGCAUCCUCCUGGCCAUUUUGAUCAAUACGCUCUCGAUGGGCAUCGAGUACCACAAUCAGCCCGAGGAGCUGACGGCCAUUGUUGAGACGAGCAACGUUGUCUUCUCCGGCAUCUUUGCCGUCGAGAUGCUGCUCAAGGUAAUUGCCGAGGGACCCUUUCGCUACAUAGCCAACGGCUUCAAUGUCUUCGACGGCAUCAUCGUCAUACUCAGCGCCAUUGAGAUAUGCCAGACGUUUGCGGGCAACGGCACUGGCGGCGGCGGCUCAGGUCUGUCCGUCCUUCGCACCUUCCGUCUGCUGCGCAUCCUGAAGCUCGUUCGCUUCAUGCCCAAUCUGCGGCGUCAACUGUUUGUCAUGCUGCGCACCAUGGACAAUGUUGCUGUCUUUUUCUCACUGCUCGUACUCUUUAUAUUCAUAUUCAGCAUACUCGGCAUGUAUCUGUUUGGCGGUAAGUUUUGUAAAUUUUUGGAUGAAUCCGGACUCGAACGCGAAUGCACGUGUCCCGAAAUAAUCAGCCGACAUCCGCAAUGUGAAUGCGAUCGUAAACACUUCAACAACAUUUUGUGGGCCACUGUCACAGUUUUUCAAAUACUAACGCAAGAGGAUUGGAACGUUGUCCUAUUCAAUGGCAUGGAAAAGACAAGUCAUUGGGCCGCAUUGUAUUUUGUGGCUCUAAUGACUUUUGGCAAUUACGUGCUGUUUAAUUUAUUGGUCGCCAUUUUGGUUGAGGGAUUCAGUUCAGAGCGAAAUGAACGUCGCGAACGCGAACAACGUGAAUUGGUUAAGAAACUGCGUGAAGAAACAUUGGCCGAAAAUUAUAGCGAUGGUAUGUACGAUGAAUCACGCAGCGAAGCGGAUUCAUCGACCACAAACGAUAGUUACUACGAGGUACGCAAUCGCUGGCGCAGUGCCGAGGAUGUGCGCAAGCAGCUGCAGGAGUCAGCCGAGCUGAACAUCGAAGCCAAGAACAACAUUCAUCGCCAGCGUCUGCUGCAGCCCAUCCAGGACUAUCAAAUCAACGAGCUGCCCGCCCAAGGCGCCAGCUCUGCGUCGCUGGGCAAUGCCGGCGACAAGGAGGGCGAAGCCAAGCCCCGCGGCGGCCUCAAAAAGACAUACUCGAUCAAGGAGCGACGCAACGAGGCGCCACGAAUAUCGAAAAUGCGUCUCAUACGCGAUCCACCGCUCAUCACAACUACAGCGGCCACGCCCCAAGAUUCGCCAAGCACCACGAUGGAGCCGGGCAUGAGUUUUCGCCAAUGGGGCGACAUGGAGCCCGUGCCGCCGUCGCCGUCGCUGCUGAAGCCACCGAACAUUUUCAGCGGCGGGCAGCGGGUUCUGGACGAGGGCAUCCCGGCCAUAGAUCUCAUACCGCCAUCGCCGGUGCUGGCGCACAAGCCGCUCAACAUACUGAAUGCCAGCCAGCUGCAGGGGCAUGCGGGCUCUGUGGGUGGCCUGGGUGGGGCAGGAGUUGGCGCGGGCAUUGGUGCUGGUGGUGGUGGAGGGAGCGGAGCAGGUGGCGUUGGCGGUGCUGCGACUGGGCUCAGCGGUGCUGCCGCUGGCAGCUCCAGCCUGUCCAGCGGGAGCAGCAAUCAGCUGAGCAGCCUGCUGCCCAGCGCCCUGGCCAGCAGCAUGCACAGCGUCAUCAUCGACGACAUCUCGAAGAAUUCCAGCACGAGUGCCGCAGCCACGCCCAUCUAUGUGCCCACCAUAUCGUCGGUGGCAUCGACGCUGCAGCCGCCGACCGAGAGCCACAGCCACAGCCUGAAUCUAUCCGAAUUGUCACUCAGCUCAGCUGUGGGCGGCGCCGGUGGCAGCAUCGGCUCGACCAGCUCCUCCAGCGAACGUCUGCCGCUGGCGCCACCGAGCAGCUUCAAGCAGCGCUUCCGUCGCUCCAGCUCCAAGAAGCGGCCCAGCCCACACCCACAGCGCCCCGACGAGCAGCACCUGGCCGACGAGGAGGAGCCGCAGCUGAACAACGGCAGCGGCGACAACAGCUACCUGCUGCGCAGCAGCCCGGUGCCAGCAAUGGGCAUGGCAGCCGGCGGCACAGGGGCCAAGGACACGAACCGCCUGAGUCCACAGAACUCGAUUCGCCGGCUCUCCAACACGCUGAGCAUUGGCAGCGGCCCGGGCAGCCGACGCGCCUCGGCGUGCAUCUUCAACUCGCAGGUGUAUCAGAACCUCAACCAGCCGCCGAAGCUGAGGGCGGGCGCGGGCCAGCGGCGCAUGAGCUCCAUUGAGCUGGCCUUCAGCAAGACGUCGCACCUGAAUCUGCACAAUCUGGAGGCGAAUCGCAAGUCGUUGUCCUACACCAACUCGAAGAUCGACCUGGACAAAUGGCAAAAGUCCUACAUGACGCUCAACGAACCGGACAUGCUGCAACAGUACAUGGAGGCGCGCGACAAGCGCAAGAACUCCAUCAGCCACUACAAUCUGAAGAAGCGMCUCGAGGAGAAGGAGCUGCAACAGCUACAGCAGCUGCACCAGCAGCAACUGCAACAGCAGCAGCAGCAACAGCAGCAGCCACAGCAACUGGAGUCCCAGCUGCCGCCGCAGCAGCUGGCCAAGGAGCUGCAGCUGCUGUCCAUGCAACGACAUUCCAUGGUGCCGUGCGGCUCUAGCGGGGAGCACGUCUCGAAGCUCAAGAUGGUCAUACAGCGUCUGACGCCAAAGCACUUUACCGCCGAGCGUGAGUCCUACUCCAUGUACAUCUUUCCGGAGGACAACAGGUUCCGGCAGAUCUGCACGUGGUUCGUGAACCAAAAGUGGUUCGACAAUGUUGUGCUGCUCUUUAUAGCGCUCAACUGCAUAACUCUAGCCAUGGAAAGACCAAACAUCCCUCCAAACAGCACCGAACGAGUGUUCCUAGCAACAGCCAACUACGUGUUCACCGUCGUCUUUACUGUCGAAAUGUUCAUUAAGGUAGUUGCCACGGGCAUGUUUUAUGGCCCGGAUGCAUAUUUCACGUCCGGCUGGAAUAUAAUGGAUGGAUCUUUGGUUACAAUUUCGAUAAUUGAUUUGUUAAUGUCAUUGAUUAGCGAGUCGAGCCCGAGGAUAUUUGGGAUUUUAAGGGUGUUUCGUCUACUUCGUUCCCUACGGCCGCUGCGUGUGAUCAACCGAGCGCCGGGUCUGAAACUAGUCGUUCAAACGCUCUUAUCAUCCCUGCGUCCCAUCGGGAACAUCGUGCUGAUCUGUUGCACCUUCUUCAUCAUCUUUGGCAUCCUCGGCGUCCAGCUGUUCAAGGGCACCUUCUUCUACUGCGAGGGCGAGAACAUUAAGAACGUACGAAACGCCGACGAGUGCCGUCGCAUACCGGGCAACGUCUGGACGAAUCGCAAAUACAAUUUCGAUGACCUCGGCAAGGCGCUGAUGUCCCUCUUCGUGCUCAGCUCCCGCGACGGCUGGGUGAACAUCAUGUACACGGGCCUCGAUGCCGUCGGCGUCGACCAACAGCCGAUCGUCAACUACAACGAGUGGCGGCUACUGUACUUCAUAGCGUUCAUAUUGCUGGUCGGCUUCUUUGUGCUGAACAUGUUUGUGGGCGUGGUGGUGGAGAACUUCCACCGUUGCCGCGAAGAGCAAGAGAAGGAGGAGAAGAUCCGGCGAGCCGCCAAGCGAGCGCUCCAAAUGGAAAAGAAGCGCCGGCGCAUGCACGAGCCGCCCUACUACACCAACUACUCGCCCACCCGAAUGUUCGUGCACAACGUGGUCACAUCGAAGUACUUCGACCUGGCCAUAGCCGCCGUCAUCGGGCUGAAUGUGGUUACGAUGGCCAUGGAGUACUACAAGAUGCCCAUUCCGCUGCAAUACGCGCUGAAGAUCUUCAACUACUUCUUCACGGCCGUCUUCAUACUGGAGGCGAACAUGAAGCUGGUGGCACUGGGCUGGCGGCUGUACCUGAAGGAUCGCUGGAAUCAGCUGGACGUGGGCAUUGUUCUGCUCUCGAUCGUGGGCAUUGUCCUCGAGGAGCUGGAGACGAACAUCAUCCCCAUUAACCCGACGAUAAUACGCGUGAUGCGCGUGCUGCGCAUCGCCCGCGUCCUCAAGCUACUGAAGAUGGCGAAGGGCAUACGAGCACUACUGGACACCGUCAUGCAGGCCCUGCCCCAGGUGGGCAACUUGGGGCUGCUCUUCUUCCUGCUGUUCUUCAUAUUUGCGGCGCUGGGCGUGGAGCUGUUUGGCCGGCUCGAGUGCUCCGACGAGAUACCCUGCCAGGGACUUGGCGAGCAUGCGCACUUCGCCAACUUUGGCAUGGCUUUCCUCACAUUGUUUCGCGUAGCGACUGGCGACAACUGGAACGGCAUCAUGAAGGACACGCUGAGGGAUAACUGCGAUGACGCCGCCGAUUGCGUGCGCAAUUGCUGCGUCAGCUCAUUUAUUGCUCCCAUAUUCUUUGUGAUAUUCGUUCUUAUGGCGCAAUUCGUUUUAGUGAACGUCGUCGUGGCUGUUUUGAUGAAACAUCUCGAGGAGAGCCACAAGCAAAUGGAAGACGAGCUCGACAUGGAGGUGGAGCUGGAGCGCGAGCUGGUGCGCGAACAGGAGUUUGCCCAGGAGCAAAAACUGUGCCAGCAGCUGGCGGAGGCGCAGGCCAAGCUGCCCGCACCGCCCAGACCCCUGGCCAAGGUCAAAUCCCUGCCCAAGAACUUCAUCUACAGCACACCCUCCCUGGACAAGAAGUUCCCGAGCGUCAGUCUCACUGGCAGCACCGCCAACAACAUUGCCGCCGGCGCUGGCCAGCGGCGUCAGACCGUGCAAUACUUCAACCAGCAGCAGCAACAGCAACACCUGCAACAGCAGCAGCAGCACCAGCAGCAGCUGCAGCAGCAGCAGCCACAUCAACAGCAACAGCGACAGCAGCACCAUCUGAGCCUGGCUGAGAUGGGCAGCGCGCUGACGCCUCAGAGCUUGAGCGCACGGUUGGGGGAGCCCUUCGGCGGCGCUAUGACGGCAGCUGGAAGCGGUCCGGGCUCCGAGCUGCUGGGCUUGCAGCUGCCGCCAUUGGGCCGCCGCGGGCGACGCGCCUCCGCCGCCGCCGGGUUCCGUAAGCGCGGCGUGCUGUCCAAGGAGCGAUCGCUCGACGAGCAGGCCAUCAGGCGACGCAACCUGGAGGCGAAGCGCACCAGUUGCGACUCGUUGCCUUGGGGCGGCGAUGCGCUCGACUAUAGGCGUGGCACCAUCUUCGAGAGCCUCGAAUCGGAUCCCGCCUCCAGCUAUGACCUGGACGUGCGCAGCAUACGCAGCGCUGAUGUCCCCAGGCCGCGCGACGACGACGAGUCGCUGGAGCCGCUGGCUGUGGUCAGUGCUCUAGUCCAGCCAACGGCAACGCCAUCGUCGCCCCCCAUAACAACAGCCACGCCCACGCCCACGCCCACGCCCUCGCCAACGCCAACAUCAACGUCUAUGCCCCAGCCCCAGUCCCAGCCCCAGUCACAGUCACAGCCACAACAGCAGCAUCCGCGUCGACCCUUUGGCUGGUCACAGUCGGUGGAUCAGGGCUGCCUGCUGGGCCCCGGCGGACGCAGCAGCUUGCUGCUCUCGGUGCCACGUUCGAUGCCCCCUCGCAGUCGCAGCGGCAGCACGAAGCAGCUCUUCAAGCAGCAGGCGCUCGAUGAGGACGCCGACAUGGAUGAGAACUCGCUGCUGUUGCCCGCCACGCAUCUGGCAGCAACUGUUGCUCCCAGCUCGGAGCACCCAACGGCAACAGCAACAGCAGCGGCAGCGGCAGCGGCAGCAGCAGCGAGCGACGUUGACGGCGACAGCGAUGCCGUCGACGUCAGCAGCGCAGCGGGCCUAAGCAAAUCCGAUUCAGCGGACAUCAUGCGCAUCAUCAGCGAGCGCAGACGCAUGGAUCAGCGGGAUCAGUGCGGGAACGAGGACAGCGACUACAAUGAGCUGCUCCUGGUCAAGUCGCCGCAAUCCUCAACGGACUAAGCCCUCGGGAGAGAGAGAGAAAGAGAGAGAGGUGUCUCUGUCGCUCUCUUGCAGUCUCUCCCUCCUCUCUCUGUCUGUCACUCUGUCAUCCAAUCAUCAUAACUUGAAGCAGGCUUACUAUAAGUAGUUUUAAGCACUAUCGAUAAACGAUAACACGACAACACAAAGCUCGCCUGUUAGCAUAAGCAUACUAUAGCCAUAUCCCCCCACCUCACACACAUUCUCUCCGUCACUCAACCGCACACAGGCUUGCUGAGAGUGUGUUUUAUGCGCAUUUUGGUGUUAUCGAUAAACGAUAACGAAAUAUCAAGAGGCAAGCCUGUACACCUGUUAUAUACUUAUGUUUAUCUCACUCGAUCACGCACUCCUAUUGUAGAGAGACACACACACACAAAUUAUGGAGGGCUCYAAUGAAACUUCAAUAAUCGAUAACACAGGGCUGAUUUUGUACAGCUUUCUCAAUCUCACCAAAAGAGCAUUUCAUGUGCAUUUAGGCAUUAUCCAUACAUCGAUAGGACAAGUAACCCAAUCAGUGUCCAUUGCUCUUUCUUUUUCUAAAUUUCACAUUAUCGUUAAAUCGAUAAAUCGAUAACACAUAGCAAGUCUGUGCUAGUAGCUGCUCUCCCUCUCUCACAGGCUCUCGCUAAUGUACAGGCUUGCUAGCAGAGAGUUCCAUGCGCAUUUAAGUAUUUUCGAUAAAUCGAUAACACAUUGAUAGUAUAAACAGAAGCAAGCCUGUUAGCAUACACUCUCUACCCCACACUUACUUUCGUAACUAUAACUUUAGGGAAUUUUCCAAGUGGUCAGUUUGAAGAUGGCAAAAAAAAAAUCGAAAAAAAGAAGAAAGAAAAGAAGAAAAAGAAACUAAAACGUUAGCUUUUAGCCAAUUACGAUUAACGAUUAACGAUAAACAUUACUCACUAGCGUUUAGGUGUUUAACUGUAACUAUAACUGUAACUGUAACUAUACAAAUUAACUAUAACGAUAACGAUUACAAUUACGAUAACUACUCAUCGAGCGUUCUCUACAAAAACAAAGCAAAGCAAAACAACAAAUGGUCAACUGUUUUUAGUGCAAUCUACGGUUUUCAUAAGUUUAGC